CGAGGAGCUGACGGCGUUAGCUUCGUUUGUUUGGAAACUUUGAUGUGUUUGUUGAAGUCUGUGGUUAAAAUGAGUUCGUCUGGGUCUCUGAGAGAGUUCAUCAGUCAGCGACUAACUGCUGCUGCUGAAGAAAUAUUCACAGAGUUUGAAAAAACCAUCGUCCAGUACGAAGAAGAGAUCGACCGACAGAGAAGACUGCUGGACAUCACCUGGAAACCGGAGACAGACCAUAAACAUCACAAUGAUUGUAAGGAGGAGGAGGAGCUUGUGACCAACCAGCAGCUCUGUAACCAGGAGAGGAGGUCCAGUCUGGACCAGGAGGAACCACAAUCUUCGGAGAUUAAACAGGAGCAGGAAGAGCUCUGCAUCAGUCUGGAGGAGGAGCCGCAUUUAGUGAAGGAGGAGACCGACGCUCUCAUGGUGACUGUUAACUUUGAGGACCAUUGUGAGCCCAACGGUGACCAGCAUCUCUCCCUGAUCCUCCCCGAGGCUCUUCAUCAGGAUCAGGAAGACCUGAGAUCCGCCAGGGACGGCGUAGACCUCUCCACCGUGUCCGGGAGUCACCCAGAACCAGGUAAAAAGUCUGUCAAAUGUGACGUCUGUGGAAAAGCCUUCAAGUACAGGUACCAGAUCAAGACGCAUUACAGGAUCCACACGGGCGAGAAGCCGUACACGUGCAGCAUCUGCGGAACAAGCUUCUCCCAGAGCGGCAGCCUCUACGUCCACAUGAGGACCCACACGGGCGAGUCCUUCCCCUGCAACACCUGCGGGAAAAGGUUCAAGGAGCUGUCCCACCUGAAGACGCACCGGCGGACCCACACGGGAGAGAAGCCGUACUCCUGCCAGACCUGCGGCAAAAGCUUCAGGCACAGCGGGACGCUGACCGUCCACAUGAGGACACACACGGACGAGAAGCCGUACACGUGCGAAAUGUGCGGGAAGGGUUUCAUCCAGAGCAGCAACCUGUUCACUCACAUGAGGACCCACACCGGGGAGAAGCCGUAUUCCUGCGGGAUGUGCGGCAAGAGCUUCAGACACAGCGGGACGCUGACGGACCACAUGAUCACCCACACGGACGAGAAGCCGUACUCCUGUCAGGUCUGUGGUAAAAGCUUCCGACGCAGAGGGACGUGGACUGAACACAUGAGCACACAUGAAAACCCGCCGUCCUGAAGAGUUUGUUUCACACAAACGUGUCGAGUGUGAAGUUCGUGCAUGUCGUAUUUGUGCACGAUGGAGCUAAUGAAAUCUGGUUUCCUUUUGUGUGGGAUUUCGGAUAAUGGGUCCGCCGCCGUGGGCCAGUUGACUCUGAGCGUCGGUGGCCAAUAGGAGGCGCCGAAGCUGCGAAGUCGACCUCACCGUGGUGUUUGGAGAGAAACGGACGGGUGCUCGUCUCUGUUUGGGCUGUUCAACGUGCACAUUUAAAUUAUACCUAAGAUAUGGGGAUUUCUGAAUUUGAUUUAUAAUCAAAUUCAGAGUUUUCUUGUGAAAAUUAGCGAGUUAAUUGUGCUUUAAUUUCUUUAACUCCCCCCUUACGAUCCAGGUCCUGCUCAAGGUUUCUUCCCUCUUAAAGGGGAGUUUUUCUUGCUGCUGCUGUAAUUGACACUAUAUAAAGAAAAUUGAAUGUUAAUUUAAUUUCUGAGUUAAAAACCUUCAUGAAUUAUUGAAAUAUGCCGCAAAUUAUUUUGACUGACUUUUUUCUUAAGAUUUUGCAACUAAGAACUCAAUUUCUGAGUGUUUUUCUAAAACAUUUAAGUCUAUGAAAUCAGAAUUUGAAAUGUUUCUCCAGAAUUUGUAUUUUGAAAUUAACGAGUUUAAAUUUUCAGUAAAAGAAAACUGAGAUUCAUCCUGUUAUUAUCAUCCAAAUACAUAUUUGUGCUUCAUCUCUAGUCUGAGUGAAGCUCAGCUAGAGUUAGGUUUAUUUUGUAAGCUUAACAUCAAUUAAUAAAUGCAUCACUGUGCAUGCUCUUCCAAAUUUGAGAGUUAAUUGUCAGAAAUGAAGUUUAUGCUUGCAGAUCUGAAAGUAUAUGAAGUGUGGACAUUUGAGUUAAUAAAGUCAUCAUUUUUAAAAUGAGGCUCAAGCUCUUCCUUUUUAGUUUAGUUUUAGUUUAUCUUAUAACUGAAUUUUAUUUAUUUUAUUAGUGUAGUUUAAUUUAUUGUUGUCUCCAUAUUAUUAUUAUUAUUAUUAUUAUUAUUAUUAAUAAUAUUAUUUUAACUACUUAUUUUUCAAUGAUUUUGUUAUAUAAUUAAUCUUUUAUAUUAACUUUUUAAGUUAAUUUGAAUGUUUUUACUUUUUCAUAUGUUAACUCCAGUGCUUUUUCCUCAUGGGGAUCUUCCACACCGAGACUCCGCCUACUUUGCCUGUGGUGUCGUUGCCAUGGCGAUCGCAUUGAUGGGGGGGCUCCUGGUGUGGAUAGAUUCCCAAAAUAUCGUCCCUCACCUCAGCUUUCAGCCAGGUAUUUAUUUAUUUAUUUAUUUAUGAAGGUAUUUAUUAUUUUUAUUUAUGAUGUUCAUUAUUAUGUUUUAAUGUCUAUGUGGGGGGUAUGAGCGUGCUGUGUGGGUAUCAAAGUGAGGAUGUGUGCGAAAAUGACCAGAUGUGUGUUUUUAACCAUCAGUGUGUGAGUUUUUCCAUGUUAAAUGUUGAUUUUAUUAUCUAAAGCACUUUGCGUUACUAUUGUAUGAAAAGUGCUAAAUAAAUAAAGUUGUAUUUGAUUUAAUUGGGUCAGCAGGUAUAAAAGGCCAUCACUGCUUAUUUAAUGCUGUUGGCUGCUGUAGUUCACAUGUUGUGGUUUGGUGCUACUGUAA